AGAAUUUAAAUUUUCGUCAGCUCCACCACUACACUGCCGUAAAAAUUACCAGCGAAAUCGCGCAAACACGUGUGAUUGUGAUGCGUGCUGUUAUAGAAUUUAAUUAAUUUUAGCCCAAUUUUAUGCCUAAUUAUGUCUAAACUUUAUGUGUUAUUCGAGCACGCUGCCGGCUAUGGGGUUUUCAAAGUGCAGGAAUUUGAAGAAAUCGGUAUGCUGCUGCCCCAGUUGGAGGCAGCCGUGCACGACCUAGCCCGCUUCAAUAGCGUAGUCGAACUCGUUGGUUUUUCGCCGUUUAAAACAGCCAUUGCGGCUUUAGAAAGCAUCAAUGCAAUCUCGGAGGGUGUUUUACCCGAAGAUUUGCUACACUUUUUGGACAUCACAGUCCCGAAAAGUAAGAAAAAGAAUAAGCUUACGUUGGGGGUGAGUGACCCCAAGUUGGGGGCUGCCAUCACCGAAGCGCUUGGGAUACAAUGUAGCCACGUCGGAGCUGUCCCGGAGGUAAUCAGGGGUAUCAGGCACCAUUUCCAUAACCUUGUGAAAGGUUUCACUCAGAAAAGCUCAGCCGUGGCCCAACUGGGGCUCGGGCAUGCAUAUUCACGAGCCAAGGUCAAGUUUAACGUCCACAGAGUUGACAAUAUGAUAAUACAAUCCAUAGCUCUUUUGGACCAACUCGACAAAGACAUCAACACUUUCUCGAUGAGAAUUCGCGAAUGGUACUCUUACCAUUUCCCGGAGUUGGUGAAAAUAGUCCCCGAGAACUACACCUACGCCCGUUUGGCAAAAUUCAUCAAAAACCGCAAAGAACUAAGCGAGGACUCUCUCGAGGGCUUGGAAGAAAUCACGAUGGAUUCAGGCAAAGCCCAGGCGAUUUUGGACGCCUCCAAGUCCAGCAUGGGCAUGGACAUAAGCGUUGUUGAUCUACUGAACAUCGAAAUGUUUGCCGGCCGGGUGAUAGCUCUAGCCGACUACAGAAACCAACUUUCCGAAUAUUUGAAGACAAAAAUGACCGACGUGGCCCCAAAUCUGGCCAAACUAAUCGGCGAACAAGUGGGGGCGCGCUUGAUCGCCCACGCUGGGUCUCUGACAAACCUUGCCAAGUACCCGGCGUCCACGGUUCAGAUCCUCGGGGCUGAAAAAGCCCUUUUCAGGGCUCUUAAAACCAGGGGGAACACCCCGAAGUACGGCUUACUCUUCCACUCCACUUUCAUAGGGCGAGCUGGGGCUAAGAACAAGGGGCGCAUCUCGCGAUAUUUGGCGAACAAGUGCUCGAUCGCAUCGCGAAUCGACUGCUUCACUGAACAACCGACGCAGAUUUUUGGCGAGAAGUUGAGGCAACAAGUUGAAGACAGGCUCAAGUUUUACGAGACAGGGGACGUCCCCAAGAAGAAUAUCGAAGUCAUGAAGGAGGCGAUGGAGGAGUUGGAGCAAGAAACGGCGCACAAUAAGUCCGAGAAGAAGAAGAAAAAGAAGAAACAUAAGCUGAACGAGACGAGUGAGUCUGUGGGAGAGAAUGGCGUGGACCAGACGACCAAUGGGAAUGCAGAUGAGGCGGAGGAGCCGCCCAAAAAGAAGAAGAAGAAAAAUAAGCAGGAAGUUGAGUAAUUGUUUGUUUGAGAGUCGGGUAUUUUUAUUCUUGUAUAAUCUAUUAUUUUUAAAUAGAUACUUGAUCAAA